AUGAAACAUUUCACCGGAUUAAUCUUAUUGGCCAUUGCGCUCUGUCCUGGAGUGUUUUGUGAUGACUCUGUCGGCUACUACUCCUACAAGAGCUUCGUUGAUGCCGAGGCAGAGUGCGCCCUGUACCUACAGGUUCCAGAAGAUCGGCUCCAGCGCUACCAACGGGAGGGCUACCCCGAUGAACCAGAGGUGCAUUGCUUGGUGCUCUGUCUUUUGGAGAAUCUACGCGCUUGGACCAACUCCAGCGGUCUGAACGAACAGGUUCUCGCCACCUACUUCGUUCCAGCGGCCGAGGACUGCGACAACGGCAAGAGAACGGAAAAGUGUCUUUUCUACCUACCCAAAGAGUGCGACGGUAACCGGUGUCUCCAGGCGUACCGUGCUUUCCAGUGCUACUACCAAAACUAUGGCACGUUAACUCACUGCCCGCAGUUCAACAUCGAUUACUUUGACGAAGCCGUUCAGGAAGCCCUGGACCUGUUCGACAUGUUGGACGUUUCGGAAGAGACACGUCGCAAGCUGGCCGGAGGAUGCUUCCCUAAUGGUCCCGAAUCGGAAUGCUUCUUCCGUGCUUUCCUUCUUCGCGCUGACCUGUAUGACGAUACCAAUGGACCCAACCUGCGCAACUUAUACACCCAGUUCAACGAGGAUGCUUUCAAGAAGGGCAAUGCGGUCACUUUGGCCUGCCUAGAAAACCUGAAGAAGUUGUCUUGUAACAAGAGCAAAUGUUCACAGGCUACCGAGGUGUGGACUCAAUGCUUCGCCAACACCAACGCCUAUUCGCAGUUUGUUCGGGUUUUCAAGUACGCUGCCAUGCAGUACUGA